AGAGUGCUGUGAUUGUUUUAUCAAACCAAGUUCGUUUUUUGGAUUCAAUAUGUUCGCUGGUGGUUCGUUUGAGUAAAUAAAUCGCUUUGCGCUGUCCUCGAAAACCCAGAGGACCUCCAGUGCUGGAAGUAUAGAUGAAGUAAAGCAAGAAAUGUCCCGACGUUCAUCUGCGGUGACAAUGAAGCCUCCAUCGAUGUCCCGCCACACGACCGGCAGCAAGGUCUUGGCGACUUUCUGUGUGGCAUUGUGUCAUCUCGAAAGUUCGAUCGUGCAGCCAGUAGACGCCACCGCCGCGAAUUCGCCCACAGAAAACGUGCCGACAGUGCCGACGGCCCAACAUGCAGCCUCCCACUACGUUUUUGAGAAGAAAAUCGCGAUCGUCAGCUUGGAAAUGGCCGAAAGCGCAAGAGCGAAGCCCGCGGCUACAGCGAGAAACGGGCAGGACAUCAAUGCUGCUCGCCUAGUACGGCCAACGUUUGCCACACUCGGCUUGUUUCGCAAUCGGACCAGUUCAAGCACGGGUGCACCAUCAUCUUCCAAGUGGCCGUCCAGCGCAACAGUGUCUCAGCAGAACCAUGGGAUCAUGACGAAAGACGGCACUACUUCAAGUGAAAUAAUUCCCAGCAUAAAGGUCUUCGGUAGCACCACAACAACUGCGAAGAGAGAAGCGAUUCGAGUCGUGAACUUCUCGGCGGAACUGAAAAAUUGCGAAAAACUGCUGCUCAUGCAGGACAAUGUUGGCAAAGACCAAGACGACAGUAAAGUGGCGCUGCCGAGCGAGCAAGCGAUAUCGGCGAGCGUUUCAACGAAAGUACUAGACCAAUGCGAAAAGGACCUGGAAGCUGCGUUGCGGGAAGAUGGGGACCAUGAUGCACCACAGGACGAGACCUCUUCCUCUAGUACUGUUACGAGCACAGCAGGAAAAAGAACGCCGAAAUCUUCGAAAAUCCUCAUCUUCACAAACUGUACAGCGGACGUCUUCCCUAGAAAGGAAGACCACCUGAAGAGCAGUGAGGUCUUCAAAAAAGGCGCAGGAGGAGAUGGCACUAAACAUAUAACCAGCGACAACAAGCACCAGCGAGAUUUGCUGUACGAGCUCGUGACGAAGAGUACGUUCGGGGCCGGAGCGGGAAGAGCAGGUCUGGGCAAGACAUCAUCUUCAACCUCCCCCGACAAUAGCAAUAAGGGCGAAAAAGUCGCGUCAUCAGAAAACCUUGAAGUCGUUCUGUUCAUCGGGCAAAAGACGACCAAGAAGUACUUCGAUAGUACUAGUACACAAGUAGAACCACAUGCUGGUGCAAGCGGAAAACAAGUAGAACAGGCAUCAUCGUCCUCAUCAGCAUCUUCAGUACACAGAGCAGCGCCAGUAGGUCAUCUCGAACAACUCACCGUCCACCCGUUUUAUGGUCUGAAAAAUCUUCUCAGAUUGAUUGAGGAAAGUUCAAGAGCAACAUCCGGCACAGCUGCAUCAAUGAUUAUGUCACCGUCAAAACCACAACCGGCCCCAGGACAAGAAACCAGUGAGGUGGACGUUGAAAGUAGUAGAACAACGGAACAAGCAGGAGCUGUAGAGAAGACCACUAGUGAAGAAGAAACCCAAACUCUCUCCACGAUCUGGUAUAAUGACAACCCGCUUUCAUUCUCGUCCGAAAGGGCCAAAACUCUUUUGGACCCAACCUUCGUCUUCCUGGCUCUCUGGGCGACGUUUGUGGUGUACUGCGGCGCGUGGGUAGCGUGCGAACGAGGCGUGUAUCGGAAUGUACUAGGACCUGGGUUGGAGGAGGUGUUGAAUGACGAAAGAUCAUGCUGGGGGAAAUGGAAGCGUAGGAACGCCAGUAGGGAGGGAGGUCCAGAUGACGACUUUACUAGAAAUAACCGGUCGUUAUACAAUAAACAUGGCAGGAAUAGUAGAGAAGACCAGGAGCAUUUUUUCCUAACAGACGACGAGGCAGAUAUCGAUUCUGACGCAUCAGACGAGCUCGCCGCGGAGGAAACGGUGACGUUCAGCUAUCAAAUGUAAAAAUGUCUGGGUCUGGAAGAAUGCAACUUGUCAUGCUAAAUCUGAAGCAUACAAAAAUCUGUGUUGCAUGAUUACCAAAAGUCGUCCAGUUUUGACCAAGUCGGGAGGAAGUUUCUCAUGCAGGAUAGGCAUGAGAGAGAUCGCACAGAAUCUGUCAUGCUAGGUCCUGCAUAGCAGACCUCAUUGGUCAUGGAAAAGCUGCAUGACAAAUCGCGCAUUCUUCCGCAGACCCAGACACUUUUGCAUUUGAUAUCAGCUUCAACGUCGCGAUUUUCUUUUUUCUUACCGCGAGUCUGCUCCUCACCAUGCUCUUUUUUGUGAUCAAAUACAUCCGCACCGGGAUCGUAUGCAAGAAAAAAACAGUGUAUUAGUGUAACUCUGUGAUGCAGAAAAUGCAAAACUGUUACACUUGUCAUGCUGGAUCUGCGUCAUAGGCUACUUUCAUACGUGUUUCCACAUACUAGUCGCGCGUGACAGGUUUUCCCUGUAAUGCAAAACGAAUCUGUGAUGCUGCUCUUCCUACAAAGUGACACUUACUUACACAGUUUUUUUCCUGGAUAGAUCGUUCUUUUCUACUGCGUCGGGGUGUUGCAAGCGAGUCACAGUUUGCUCAGGAGGAAAACGAAAAUUUUGCUUUGGAAAAUCGCCAAGGAAGUGGACAAGUUCAACAAAUGGAGGAAAAAUUUCGUCAAGAAAUUUUUCAAUAACUACCAAAACCAGCAGAAGUCCUUUCUGAUCCAGCCCACCCCAUCCGCGUUAUGGAUUGCAAAUUUGUCUUUGGAACGUUUGUCAUGCACAUUUUGCAUGACCCAUGAUGACUGUGAUGCAUGCCCUAGCAUGACAGGUUUUGUGAGGGCUUCCUAAUGCUUCUACCGCAUGAGAAAUGUUGCCCUCCCCGCCUAGGAUCAGCUACUGGACUCCUCGUCUUGCUGCCCAUGCAAUACAGAUUUUUUGUAGAAGCGACAAACAGCAUCACAAGUUGCAUUCUUCCAGACAUCCAGGGAUAUUUGCACCCCAUCCGCGUCCGCCUUCGAUAACUUCGACGAAACGCCAAUCGACGAGCCGAGCUUCGUAUCAAAUGCAAAUAUGUUUGGAUCUGGAAACUACCUGUAAUGCUGAAUGGCCAUGAGUGAGUUUGCCUGUAAGAGCAGUGUAGCAUGGCAAAUUUUUCAGACGCUUUUUCAUGCUUAGCGCGCAUUACAAACUGCGAUUUUUCGUGACGAAACUGCGGCGCAGCUUUUAGUGCUUUUAUGCAAUACAUAUUUUUCUGAAAUCCUGCGCACGCAAUACAAGUGCCACUUUCCCACACCCAGACGUAUUUGCAAUGCAUACUUCGAUGAGAACGCGGUUGGGGUCUCCGUCGGCGCGGAACAGAUCAUGAUGACCCCGAACGACGACUAUGCAAGAAAAAAAGUGUGUAAGUGUAACUCUGUCAUGCAGAACAUGCAACAGAGUCACACCUGUCAUGCCAGACAAGCAUGAAGUCCUCUUUUUACUUGUGUUUUCCCUUACAAACCACGCAUGACAGUUUUUCUUUGUCAUGUCGAGCAAAUUUGUCAUGCUGUCAGCCAAAGAAACUUACACUUACACACUUUUUUUCUUGGAUAACGACUCGCCGGACGAUAGUAUUGCGCUGAUGCGGAAAAAGCAAAACUUGCAACUGUUCAAAGAGCAACAGAGCCCGAAGCCGAGCACGCUGAGCCAGAUAAGCAGUCUAUCCUGAGCAAAAAUGUCCCCACCCCAUAGUUAAGUUGGGAUCUCUGCAACACAGAUCCAGGAGCUUUGGACGCCACGCAUGACAAGUUGCAGCCCGUAGUGUAGUGCAGCUUAGCAAGGGCAGCCGCAUUACAAAUCGAGAUACGUAUCCUGUUUACAGCAUUACAAAUUCCAAAGCACGACUGGAAAUGCCCAUCAUAGGGAUGCGCAUCACAAAUGUUCUUGUCAUUGCAAAUCUGCAUGACAACUCUGGGGUGGGGAUGUUUUUACAUAGGAUCCAGGCACUUCCGAGGGGAAAACUCGCCGCUGAAAAAUUGCUCAACACCGCUGAAUAUCAAAUGUAAAAAUGUCUGGGUCUGGAAACUUGUGAUGCUGAAUUGCGCAUGAUUGAAGCGCUUCCAAUGGCAGCCAAGCAUGACAAGUUUUUGAGAGGUCAGCUGAUGCCUAGCGCGCAUUACAAAUUGCGUUUUCGCAUGACAAAGAAAGCCUCUGUUUUGCUGGUCAUGCAACACAGAUUUUCCAGGAAUGCAUGACACGCAUUACAAGUUCCAAUUUUCCAGACCCAGACAUUUUUGCAUUUGAUACUCAACAAGAACUCACCUCUGAAAAACAGCAAGCCCGGAACGCCAGUUGGACUAGGAGGUCAACAUCUACUGAUGUUGAAAAAUAACAACUCGUCCCGUAAUAAAAAUCGAGGAGCUGCUCCUGCUACGCCUUCAUCAGCUUCUGCAAGAACCAGAACUGGUACACGAAGAAGGAGCUGCGGAUCGGCCAGUUUGAAUAUAACACCGUUGUGGCGGAGGGAAAACCAGUCUUUACCCAAAGCGGCUUUUUAUUUCAUUGUUGGAAAAAGGAUUCCGUUUUUCUCCACCCGACAGUGCUUCGACUUCUGUUGCCUCGACUUGCUCGCGUUGGUGCCCGGAUUGGUGGUUUGCCUGUCUUACUUGGUCACCUCGGGGGAAUGGGAGACAAUUUUCGGUAGUAAGCAUCAAGCGGAGCCGGGGACGUCGUCCACGUCGAGCUCGAACAACAUAGGUUUCCCUUCAGCCUCCACCACAGCAAUGUUGAAAACUCCGUCUUCCAUCCUUUUAGAAGCGCUUUCCCAGAACUUGAUGGGUUUCUUCGUUUGCGUACAUUUACAGAAAAUCGCCAGGAUACCGUCUUUGAAGCUCGGCGUGCAAUUCCUCACCAUCAUGUUCUUUUUCGACAUCUUCUGGGUGUUCGGCUCGAGUUCCCUUUUCAACGGCAAAUCUGUGAUGCUGGAGGUCGCUACCGGCGGAAACAGCGAUGGGGAGGAUACUAUCAAAUGCAAAUAUGUCUGGGGCUGGAAGAAUGGAAGUUUGUCAUGCUUGUCUGACAUCACUCUCAAGUCUGUCAUGCCAAUUACCCAAAGGCCCUACUUUUCUGUCAUGCAGAAGCUCGUCACUUUCACUUUGUCAUGCAGAAAAGCCAAGACUGUAGCACCUCCAAAACUUGUCAUGCUUGCCAGUCAAUUGAGGCGUCCUCGUCUUUCUCAACCAGCAUCACAAGUUUCCAGACCCAGACACUUUUGCAGUUGAUAGAUACCACCGCGAAACCCUUACCCAUGCUCAUGCACAUGCCAAACUUGCUGAGUGUCUGCUUCUAUGCAUUGCAAAUAUGUCUGGGUCUGGAAGAAUGCCAGACCUGUCAUGCAGGAUAUCCAUGACCCAUGAGGUCCGGUAUGUAGAACCUAGCAUGACAGAUUCUGUGAGAUCUUUCUGAUGCCCAUACUACAUGAGAAAGCUCCUGCUCUCAAGUUGGCAACACAGUUUUUUUCCUGAUUUCAGAUCUAGCAUGACAAGUUGCAAUCUUCCAGCAGACCGAGACAUAUUUGCAAUGCAUAGUUUCGCGCUUUUUUGGAACGGGAACCGGUUUGCCGUUGCGGAGGAAGAAAUCCCGAUGAUAUUGAGGAACAAUCCAGGCUUUCACGAACAGUUACAAACCGAUGCGAAGCUGGUUUUCGGAGAAAACUUCGAUCUGACAGAGUACGUGGUGUCGCAAACGACACAGUCUUCGUCGUUACACCGGGGCCACAUGCUGGGGCUCGGCGACAUCGCUUUACCGGGGUUUCUGUUGAGCUUUUGCCUCGCGGUAGAUCUGAAAGCAAGGAUUUUGGCGAAGGAAAAGCGAGCGUUCGAACUGCACAGUACUACGCAAGAUGGUGGAUUGGGCCUCAAGAUGACAGCUGCUCUGGCGGAUAGGAGAAAUGGCACUACUAGCGACGAGCUCGUACAAUUACACCUACAGCAACAUCAGCAGGAACCGGAACUAAAAGUUCUAGAAAACAACAAGUCCCCUAAUCUGUUCUUUCCGACCCUAUUCUGCUACUUCCUCGGGCUCUGCUGCGCAAAUUUCGCGGUGGCUUUCUUCGAAUUUGGGCAGCCGGCAUUGCUGUACUUGGUGCCCGCGGUCGUGGGGGCGAGCGUUUACCAGCUGUGGAAUAAAGUGGGGGGAGGAGAGCGACAACGACGAGGUCAAGGACAAGUACUACAAGCUGUAAUGCAAGACACGGAACGCCAGGAUCAGGAAUUGUCGUUCAAAUCCGUUUGGGAAGGUUCUCUGCUGCAGCCGGAAGAGGAGGAAGACGAGGAAGAAAUUGAUGCAGAAGUAGAAACCAAAGAACAAAACUCCAUCUCUGUAGACGACGACAGCCAAACCCAUAGCCGUGAGUAUAGUCAGGAGGGCGACCAAGGCGGCCAGCAAUUUCGCAGUUACGCGGCGACACCGGGAGGGACUUCUACUACGACGCGCGUCAUCGGGAACACUAUUAAAGGGUCUCCACCGCCCACUCCUUCCGCCCGAUCGCCAAAGCGGAAGAACAAAUCGAUAAAGAAGCGGAAAAAUGCGGCAUAUCCGCAACAGAAACAGCAAAACUACCUCCGCAUCAGUCCGGAGAAGGUGAACGACGGAUUUUUGAAAGAAGAAUUUCAGUCGCAGGUUGAUCUGUACCCAGCGGCCGCGGAGGAGAACGAGCUACAUGCCUUACCUCAGAGCAGACUGAAGGAUGAGCAGCCUGCUGUGUGUUUGUGAGCUGGAACUUCUAGUAGUACUUCCACUGGUCGUAAUAAAGUAUCCGUUUGGAGAAACGUAUAAUGAAACUCAGUUUCUGUCACUGGCGAUCUCGCGGCACAUGUUGCGACGUGAUGUUGAUGACUAUGACAAUUUCAUCUAAAAGCCUAGUGCUGCGGGACCAUGUGCUGUGUGUGUGUGUGAUAGCUGCAAAUUAUCGAUGAAAAUGAAG